UGUCGGCGUUGUGUUCAGUUGUGAUUGGAAGUUAAUGGGAAAGGCUUUUAUUUAGUGCUUCCAUCUUCUAAACAAUCUCAUAAGCUUUUAUUUUCUCGCAUGUCCUGGGGAGUCAGAGUACCGGCGACCAGACACGAAGCAAAGAAAGGAGAAACCAAGCUAGCUUUUUUGCUAGCCGCUUGGACUGGUGGUCUGUCAGUGGCUGUAGGGUAACUUAUGGAUGAUGGAGUUCCUCUGUGAAAUAGUUCAAGCCUUGGCCGCAUUAGCAGCUCUAGGCCUGAUUGUGGUGCUUGUAAUCGCACACGUCACCGCCAGGAUGGUGAACCUGACACGCCAUGAGAAGGAGAAAUACUUCCGUACAGCGACAGGAGAGAGGGAGCUCUUCCCCAGCCUGCAUGAUCCCCAUUCCAGGGAGCUCUCUGUGGUGAUCCCGGCCUACAACGAGGAGCUUCGAAUGCCUGCGAUGUUGGAUGAGGCGAUGGAGUACUUGGAAAACAGACAGAAAGGGCACUCCUCCUUUACCUAUGAGGUCAUUGUGGUGGACGAUGGCAGCAAAGACAAAACCACAGAGGUUGCCUUGCGGUACACGAGGAAAUAUGGUGCAGAUAAAGUGCGGGUCCUGACGCUGGUGAAGAACAGGGGGAAAGGAGGAGCUGUGCGGAUGGGAACUAUGAGCUCCAGAGGGAGAGUCAUUCUGAUGGCAGAUGCUGACGGAGCCACAAAGUUUUCUGACAUCGACAAAGUGGAGGCUGGACUGAAUGACCUCAACCCUAAACCAGAGAACAUGGCAAUUUCCUGUGGUUCCAGAGCUCACCUGGAGAAAGAGUCAGUCGCUCAGCGAUCUGUGUUCCGCACAUUCCUUAUGUAUGGCUUUCACUUCCUGGUGUGGUUCUUUUGUGUGAGAGGGAUCAAGGACACCCAGUGCGGCUUCAAGCUUUUCACGCGUGAGGCUGCACUCAAGACCUUCUCUUCACUCCACGUAGAGCGAUGGGCUUUUGAUGUAGAGCUCCUGUAUAUUGCCCAGUGUUUUAAAAUCCCCAUAGCAGAGGUGGCGGUCAACUGGACUGAAAUAGAAGGGUCCAAGCUGAUCCCGUUUUGGAGCUGGCUGCAGAUGGGACUGGACCUGAUCUUCAUUCGCCUGCGUUACGUCACAGGAGCCUGGAAGCUGCAGUCACCGCAUAAGACUGACUAGCCAAUCAGACAUGCCCUGGUAUCACCGAGACAGCCUGCGAUAGGGCCGUCAAACCUGCGGGUGAGGUGGGAUUGGAAACUGUCCAUCACUCGCUGUAAUCAACAACAAAGACAGAGUACAGGAUAUGACGUCCGCUUCCUCUCCAGACGUCACUGGAUGUGAAGUGAUGAUUCAGUUGUGAGUCCUUCAUGGUCCUGCCUUCUUUUUUUAAAAUUUUGGCUUGUGAUGGCCGCCGUUACACGUACAUUUCUAUUGCCACGGCGUACAGAACGUCUGUAUGACUGAUCCGUGUUCUGAGUUACUUAAUGUUUAUCUUGUGGCCAAUCAGUUGUAAGUGAGGAAGCCUUGUAGUGAAAUGCGGAGAGUCAGGGAUCUGUGUGUCGUGAUUCUGACGGGAAGAAUGAAUGUUAUUAUAUGAGAUUUUCAAAAGGGAGGGAUUGUACUUAUGAGGAAACCGUGGGUUGAUGGGCUGGAUGACUUGAACCAAAAUAAAACAAAUAUCAAUGAUUUAU